CAUUUAUUCACAUGUUUUCCUGUUUAUAUGUUCUUUGUAUUUCCUCUCUGUUUCACAAUCGAUAGUUGUCUCUGUCACUGACUCUCACUGUUGACUAUGACACCGCGCGGUAUGGAAACCAGGUUGCUACGACGGCGUUUGGGUUGGUUCUGGUUUCUCCAUGUCUUUUUCUUCCUCUACCAACCUCCGCUCUUCGGGUUGUUCGUCUCCGAUCUCAGCUAAAUGGAGAUAAAGUGGCAUCAUUCUACAGUUUGAAGCUAUUCGUGAAUCAAUUGGAAAUGUUCUCUCGUUGUUGUGCAGCUACUUUGGAAAGGAGAUUAGAAGCAGUUCAACAUACACGAGCUACCAAUGUGAGCUUUGAGCAGACAAAGGAAAAGAUUAGGAAGAUGUUAGAUAAAGUGGAGCUUUCUGUUUCGGCUUAUGAUACUAGUUGGGUAGCAAUGGUUCCAUCACCGAGUUCCCAAAGUGCUCCACUGUUCCCACAGUGUUUGAACUGGUUAUUGGAAAAUCAACGUGACGAUGGAUCUUGGGGACUUGAUCAUCUCAACCAUCAGUCUCUUAAGAAGGAUAUGUUAUCAUCUACACUGGCAUGUAUCCUCGCGUUGAAGAAGUGGGGAACUGGUGAAAGACAAAUAAGCAAGGGUCUCCAGUUUAUUGAGCUGAAUUCUGCAUCAGUCUCUGAUGAAACCAUGCAGAAACCAGCAGGAUUUGAUAUUAUAUUUCCUGGGAUGAUUGAAUAUGCUAGAGAUUUGAAUCUGGCGAUUCCAUUGGGCUCACAUGUGGUGGAUGCCAUGAUACAGAAAAGAGAUCUGGAUCUUAAAAGGUAUACUCCUGCUCUUUUAUUAGCAUACACUCAGAAGAAAUUAGAAGCUUGUCGUGUACAUAAUAAGUGUUCAUCUCAGCAACCUUUGUUGUUUGAAUGUUUAACAAGUGAUGGUGAAAGCUUUUCAAAGGGAAGAGAAGCAUAUCUGGCGUAUGUUUUAGAGGGAAGAAGAAAGAUUAAAGAUUGGGAUUUGAUUGUGAAAUACCAAAGGAAAAAUGGCUCACUGUUUGAUUCUCCAGCCACAACAGCAGCUGCAUUUACUCAGUUCAGAAAUGAUGGGUGUCUCCGUUAUCUCUCUUCUCUCUUCCAGAAUUUUGAGGCUGCAGUUCCCACAGUUUAUCCCUUUGACCAAUAUGCACGCCUUAGUAUGGUUGACACUCUUGAAAGCCUGGGAAUCGAUAGGGACUUCAAGAAUGAAAUCAGAAGCGUAUUAGAUGAAACCUAUAGAUGCUGGCUACGUGGUGAUGAAGAGAUAUGUUUGGACUUGGCCACUUGUGCUUUGGCUUUCCGAUUAUUGCUUGCUCAUGGCUAUGAUGUGUCUUACGGUGAAGUGACCUCUUUUCUUUCAGAUGAGUAUAGCUUAGAUUUGAGUCAACUCCAUGUUGAGGAUGCUCUUGCUUUUCCUCCCUACGCAAGCCUAGAAAGAUUAGAUCAUAGAAGAAAAUUACUCAGUGGUUCAUGUGUGGAAAACACCAGAGUUAUGAAAACAUCGUAUUGUUUGCCCAAUGUUUGCAGCUCUGAUAUCCUGAAGUUAGCAGUGGAGGACUUCAAUUUCUGCCAGUCUAUACACGGUGAAGAAAUGAAACGUCUUGAUAGAUGGAUUGUGGAGAAUAGAUUGCAGGAACUGAAAUUUGCCAGACAGAAGCUGGCUUACUGUUACUUCUCUGGGGCUGCAACCCUUUUCUCUCCAGAAUUAUCUGAUGCUCGUAUAUCGUGGGCCAAAGGUGGAGUACUGACAACAGUUGUAGACGACUUCUUCGACGUUGGAGGUUCCAAAGAAGAAAUGGAAAACCUCAUACACUUGGUCGAAAAGUGGGAUUUGAACUGUGUUCCUGAGUACUGCUCUGAACAAGUCGAGAUCAUUUUCUCAGUUCUAAGGGACACAAUUCUUGAAACAGGAGACAAAGCGUUCAUCUACCAAGGACGCACCGUGACACACCACAUUGUGAAAAUUUGGUUGGAAUUACUCAAGUCUAUGCUGAGAGAAGCCGAGUGGUCCAGUGACAAGCCAACUCCAAGCUUGGAGGAUUACAUGGAAAAUGCGUACAUAUCAUUUGCAUUAGGACCAAUUGUCCUCCCAGCUACCUAUCUGAUCGGACCAACACUUACAGAAGAAACUGUCGAAAGCCCUGAAUAUAAUCAGCUCUACAAGCUCGUGAGCAUUAUGGGUCGUCUUCUAAACGACAUACAAGGCUUUAAGAGAGAAAACGCAGAAGGGAAGCUGAAUGCGGUUUCAUUGCACAGGAUACACGAGCAAGAAAAUCGCAGCAAAGACGAGAUCAUAGAAUCGAUGAAGGGUUUAGCAGAGAGAAAGAGGGUAGAACUGCAGAAGCUAGUUUUGGAAGAGAAAGGAAGUGUGGUUCCAAGGGAAUGCAAGGAAGCGUUUUUGAAAAUGAGCAAAGUGUUGAACUUAUUUUACAGGAAAGACGAUGGCUUCACUUCACAGGAUCUGAUGAGUGUUGUUAAAUCUGUGAUCUACGAGCCUGUGACCUUACAGGAUGAGUCUGCGUUGACUGUUCAAACAACAACAUAAUAUUGACUGAACAACAACGUUUCGAAACGUACAUUGCCACCAGGAAGGAGCUGAGAGAAACGCAUGCCAGUCAAAUCGAGGAAACAAAUGAGCAACACUAUCUGUUAUAGGAGAUUCUAUUAUCUAUUGACUAUUUGGUUUAAUCGGUUUCGGUUUAGUUACCCGGUUUAAGCUCUUUGACCAUCCGUCGUAUAUAAUCAAUCAAAUAAAUUAUCUUCUCCUUCAAUCUCUGUUGUACUUGGGUUGAUCCUUCUUCCUCCGUGAUUCUCUGAUUUACGCUUUCGUCGAGUUUGCGGUGAGUUUCUAGUCAGGGAUUUUUAUCAUCUUAUCGUUUCCUGGAACUGUCUCGUAGAUUAAGGAAUAGGGUUUUGUUGCGUUGGCACUAUGGAUUUGUCAAGAUUGAUCCAGGUUGUCAGAGAAUAUGUGAUUUUCCCGACGAUUUGCUAUUGCGGAUCUUAGUCCGCGCCCCGACAAAAGAUGCAAUCGCCACUUCGGUCUUGUCUAAACGAUGGCGUUCCGUCUGGAAGAUGCUGUACGAACUCGACUUCAAAGACGAGCAAGGCAGCGAAAGCGUUGGGUGGUUAAUUGACAAGUCACUGCAACUCCUUAAGGCACCGAGACUAGAAACCCUGGAUCUCGAACUGGGUCCACGAUGUCCUGUUGACGUAGAUGUCAGAAAGUGGGUUGAGAAGGCAGUGAAACUCGGUGUAAUAAAGUUGGUUUUCAAGCUCCUCUGGAAAGGAGAGCCCACAAGCUUCCCUAAGAGCCUUUACACAUGCGACACGCUCGUUACUUUAUCUCUAUCCAACCAGAUUCUCGUCGAUGUUUCUUUCCCGGCGAGCCUUCCAUCUCUCUUAUCUCUGGAACUUAUAAAGGUGGUGUACAAAGACGAGGACUCUCUUGCUAGGCUUUUAUCGAGUUCCCCUGUUCUCGAACAACUAGUGGUUGAACGACGUGAAGGGGAUGGCAACUUGGCAAACUUUACCGUGAAAGUGCCUUCAUUGAAAUCAUUAAUUUAUACGCGUAGAAGACGCCAGGAAGAGGAAGAGGAAGAGGAAGAGGAAGAGGAAGAGGAAGAGGAAGAGGUUACCUUUGGGACGUUGGUGAUAGAAUCCCCUGCAUUAACAAAAUUAAUCAUAGUUGACAAUUGGGGAGACUAUUAUAGUUUGAUAGACAAUAUGCCUUACCUUGAUCUUGCAUACAUCGGCUAUGUUUAUGACCAUGAUGUAAAGUUUCUGACAUGUCUCUCUUCUGCUAAACGCAUGUGCUUGUGGUUAUCCAAAUCAAUGGCUGCGUGUUGUAACACCACUAAGUUCUCUCAGCUCAUAAGAUUAUUCUUUGUUGCAGAACAUCCAGUAGAUUAUUUGGAACCACUUAUUUCGUUGCUUCAAAACUGUCCUAAACUGAAAGCUCUUACGCUCAACACCACGGGAUGGUGUCCCCCAUCUUCAUGGAACCAGCCGAGUAGUAUUCCUGGAUGCUUAUCCUCUCAUCUAGAGAUUUUUAGGUGGCGAAUGUAUGGAGGAACAGAAGAUGAGAAACAACUACUGACAUACAUUCUCGCAAACUCAAUCUGUUUAAAGACAGUGGAGAUCGAUCUCUCACUUAUACCAACCUGCGAUCUUCAAGAGUGCCAAAAGGAGUUGGAAUCUAUGCCUAGGAUUUCAUCAUCAUCUCGCCUUCUUUAUUCAACCACUCAUGUUGAGUGGAAAGUUUAGCUUCAUCUUCAUUUCCUUUUAGAUUAUUGGGUGAAACAUUUCUAUUUACUAGAUUAUUUUUUGAAUUAUCAUUACUAAGUUAUUUCAAUAAACUUUUCCUAAAGGUUGUAGCCAUUGCUAAGAGAUUUGUGAUAUACUACAAGUUGCCUCAGUCUCUC